AUGGCUAAACGACAGGCGAUAGAGGCAGUCGAUCGUACAUUCCAAGACAUUAUAGGUGUUAGUCUCCCAUUUGGUGGAAAGAUAAUGGUUAUGGGAGGUGACUUCAGACAAGUGUUGCCGGUUAUUAAACGUGGCACUCGAGCACAGAUUGUAGACUCCAGCGUACGAAUGUCACCUCUUUGGUCUUUGACUAAGAAGAUGCGGUUGACCAUAAAUAUGAGAGCGCUAAAAGAUCCAUGGUUUUCUAAAUUUCUUUUAAGAGUCGGCGAUGGAACUGAAGAACCAAUCGAAGGAAACUAUAUUCGCAUACCCGAUGACAUGACAAUUCAGUGCAACAACAGAGAAAACGCUAUAAAAGAAUUGAUCCAUGCCAUCUUUCCAUCAAUUGAAGAUAAUGUAUAUUCUUCAGAUUAUAUAAUCUCUAGAGCAAUAUUGUCCACUAAAAAUGAUAGUGUUGACGAGAUUAAUAAUCAAAUGAUUGAAAUUUUUGAAGGGGAGGAAAAAGUUUAUUACAGUUUUGAUGAAGCUGAAGACGAUCAGCGUAACUUCUAUCCGGUCGAGUUCUUAAACUCACUAAAUGUUAGUGGUUUCCCGCCUCAUAAGCUUCGUUUAAAAAUUGGAUGCCCAAUAAUAUUGUUACGUAAUAUCGAUCCAUCACAUGGCCUGUGUAAUGGCACGCGAUUGAUAUGUAAGGGUUUCAUGUGA